AUGCUCUUCUACUCAUUAGGAGUGGAUGCAACUAUUUUCACUCUGCAAAAUAAAUGUAGGAACACAAUGUGGCCAGGGAUUCUAACAGCACCAGGAAAACCUCAACUCAUUCACGGAGGAGUUAAGCUAAAACCAGGCCAAGCUAUAAACGUUACUGCACCGAGAGGUUGGUCCGGCCGUUUUUGGGGCCGGCGUGGAUGCACAUUCAACAGCUUUGGUAUCGGAAAAUGCAUCACGGGAGACUGCGGAGGCAGACUUAGAUGUGCUGGAGCCGGAGGCGAACCACCGGCUUCACUGGCAGAGUUUACACUCAACAGUCCAGUCGGAGAUUUUUACGAUAUUAGCCUUGUUGAUGGUUACAACAUGCCAAUCUCAAUCUUUCCCUUAGGAGGAUCUGGAAUGUGUAAAGCAGUUAAAUGUAUUUCAGAUUUGAACAGAAACUGUCCUGCUGGAUUGGAGUUGAGAAACAUUAAAGGCCGCGUUGUUGGUUGUAAGAGCGCUUGUAUGGCUUUUCACAAGCCGGAAUUUUGUUGUAACGGUGUCUUCAAUAGUCCGAGAAUGUGCGGGCCAAGUAGCUACUCAAAGGUGUUUAAAGCUUCGUGUCCUAUGGCUUAUAGUUAUGCAUAUGAUGAUGCUACCAGCACUUUUACUUGCUAUGGAGCAGAUUACAUAAUUAGGUUUUGUUAG